GCCGAACCGAGGCGAGCGGAGCCGAACCAAGGCGAGCCUAGGCGAGCGCAGCCGAACCAAGGCGAGCGGAGCCGAACCAAGGCGAGCCUAGGCGAGCCCAGCCUAAUCCCGGCCGAGCCCAGUUGAGCCCAGCUGCAGGAUUUCUAUGGGGGGGAAAAGCCUCAGAUGAAGAAUGCUUGAAGAUCUACCAGAAACAUUUAAACGCUGGGCAGAAAUGCUCAGACAGAAACUACUGUCGUAUCAAAGGCAGGCAGGUCUCCAGUGCUGCCGCCCUGUGGACACAGCGCGGUGCUGCAGCUCUGCCCCCUGCCCGGCCCCGAGGAGCCCCGGGCUGGGAGCGGGGUCUUAGUGCCCGAGUGCGGUCACUGCCCGGGAGCUCCUGUUCGAUUCCGCGCUCCCGGCCGUGUCCGUGCGAUGGCCGGGCCGCCCGCGGGACUCGGCAGCAGGAAAACACCGAGCGCUGCGUGUUUAACGGGAGCCGGCCCCGCUUGCCCGUGCGGCGCCUCGGCCCGGCCGGCGCCGCCCUCAGGGAGCCGAGCGGAGCUGCGGGAGCGCGGGGAGCGGCACCGAGUGCGGUUCGACCGUGCCGAGCUGUCCCGAAGAGCGGAAUCUAAGCGACUGCAUAGCCGAGCUGUGCCGGUUAGAUCCGAGUGUAGCCGAAGAGCCGAAAACACCCGAGGAUUUCCGAACAGCCGAAAAGAGCCGAGCAUUGCCGAGAUCGGCCGAGUUAAGCUGAACGGCCGAAAAUGGCCGAGUGCAACCGAUAACAGCCGAACCCAACCGCGUUUAGCCGACUGGAACGGAGUCGAACCGAACAAGCCCCGCCGAACCUCGCCGAGUUCGCCCGGUUUGGACCCUAUAGCCGCGGCCGAACCAAGGCUCUGCUGCAGGUGUAUUCGAGACAUCUUUCCUCUUUGUUUGACAGAAGGAAGAGGGGAAAAAAAAAAAAAAAAAAAAAAAAAAAAAGAGGAAGAAAAAACGGGAGCAGUUCCGGGGCGGUCCCGGGGCGGUCCCGGGGCGGUGUGCGCCGUCACUGCCGCCUUCUCGGCGGGCGAUUCCAAGGCGCUGUCGGGCUCUCUGCCGGCCGGUCGGCGGGCGGGCGGCCGGGACGCGAUGGCGCUGUGCCCGGAGCUGGAGCGCUCGCUGUCGCUGCUGCAGCCGGGCGCCGACCGGGCCCAGCAGCAGCAGGAGCGGCGGGCGGACGCGGCCCCCACGCCCAUGGUGUUCAUGUGCGCCGGCUGCGGGCGCCCCGUGGGCGACACCCGCACCUGGCGUUCAGUGUCGAGGACAGCGGUCCCAUCCUGCUGCGCAGUGAGUACCAGCGCUGCCACCCCCGUGCCGCCGCGGUCGCUGCCGCCGUGCCUCCUGCCCUGCCUCCCGCCGCAGCUGCGGCCGCCAGCGUCGCCGCGGACCCGGGGCGGAAGGGCUCCGAGCUCCCCGGAGAGUGCGGAUGCAUGGUAGAAACCCUACUCUGCUCUGGCUGCUCCAGGACCCUUGGCAGCAGAUCCAUGCACGCCUCAAGGCAUCUCGACUGCAAGAGGGAUUUGUUCUGUGUCCGUACUGACUCUGUUGAAAGAAUCCACGGCUGUCUCUCAGGGUUCUAAAGGAGUGCUGUGUUUGGAUUUUUGGCUUCAGAGUGGGAAGUGCUCUGUAACCUGAUGUAACCUGUGGCAUCUCAGCUGUAGGCCAGGAACCCUGGAAAAGCAAGCUCGCAUUCACGAGGAGCCGCUUCCUCUUGAAAGCCCAGCUGUCUUGCAAGAGGUGCCGCACAGGGUAGGAAGAGUUGGGAGCGAACAGUCUGAGGAAGUGGACUGUGGAAGCUGAAGGUUGUCCAGCCAAAGCUGAGUGUGUGGCUCUGACACUGACCAAGGCUGGAAAGAGUUACUGUGUGGACAGAGAAUGUUAGAGCCGGGUGAGCUUUCACAGGAUGAAAGAAGCGAGGAGAGAAUCGAAUGGAAAGAAUUGCUGAGAUCAGGUUUGAGCCCUUUCUUUGGGUUUGGGAUUUGUUUGUGGUUUUUUUUGUUACCUAACACUACCUAGCACUUACUUACUUACUUACUGUGAGAUUUGAAGUUUUCUCCAAAAACUCGGAAUGAAUUUCCCCACUCUGCCCCACUGGUAGCAGCACACAGGAGAACAGAGCCUGUGGUUUGGAUCUUGAGGGAGUUCCAGCAGUACAAGCUAUGAGUUACCAUGUUUCUCCCAAAUUUACAUCCAGCAAAUCUGAGGAAUUACCUCUUGCCUGAGCAUUCCUGGUCUCUGUGACUCUUUAGUAAGAGACAGCUGGGACUGGCCAAGCUGAGACAGGAUCUGUUCCUGUCAAACCAUCUAUUUCCCAUGCGGAUGAGAAUCUGGGGGGCAAGUGCCCACAUCACUCCUCACAAAUGCCCACACAUACUUCUGGGGCUGCUGUAUCUAUCUGCUGGAUUUGUCAGCGCCAGCAUUUGCGAAGGAUCACCUUGUGAGCAACUCAAAAGACAGAUAAAUAGAGGCAGCAGCAAUUGUCUUGAGUUUACCUUAUGGUAAGGCUUAUGGAUAUUUUUAAUCACUAUAAGAAGGCUUAUGGAUAUUUUUGAUCACUUUCUUAGCACUUGCAAUUACCCCUGCUACCACACAAAAGAAACCGAGGAACAGGAAAGCUCCGCUCUGUAUCUCUGGCAGAAGAAAAGCCAGCAAACCAGUUUGCGUUCACCCCGAUUCCUAGUCCUGUGCUGCAAGUACAGAAAUAUCUUGAGCCUUUGGGAGGGGGACUGGGACUGUGGAACCCAGCUGCAUGUGUCUCCUAGGCCACGUUUUUCUUGGAAGCACCUUUCCUAGUUUCACUGCUUUUUGGAAAUGAACUGUUCUGAGCAGAACCAGUACCUUCAGACUCAGGGUCUGAAAACAAAACAAAACAACCAUAAAAACCACUAAAAAGCCCCCAAACCCACUGCCUAAGAGAACAAAGAAAGAGAAAAUAUACCGGGAUUAUUUUAAUAAACCUGAAUUUGUGGGAGGCGCUGGGUUUGUUUUCCCUUCGUGCGGCAGCACGAAGUUUGCACGCAUUUUGCUGCCGCUUUGGCUCUCAAGAACUGGAAAUGCCUGGAUUUCUGCGUGGUUUCCCCAGGUUCUCCUAUUUAGCAGGAGCUGCACGGUGAGGUCGGUGUUCUGAGGGAGGCCCUGGCACAGCUGCCAAAGGCCGGGAACGUGGAGUGUGCAGGGAGCAUCCGGGGGGCUUCUCCCCCCUGAGUUUCUCCCGGGGUGUGCUGCCUGCACUGCUGGAUGUUGGACCCGGCUUUGGGCCGUUCUCCUGCGGUCCCAGCACUGAGUGCUGCCCCUGUGGCCAGACCUUGCCGUGUGCCGGCACCAAACCCGGGCAGCCGGGGCUGCUUUUCCAGCCCUUUGGUGCCACGGGCGGCCCCCGAUUGCCGGAGCUCCCCGGCACCCGGCCUGGACUCACUCUGUGGGGGGGCCUGUUCCAUCUGCCUGAACCAAGGACAUCCUGCCCAGGUUUGACACUUGACUCCCGUUGUUUUUCCUCUUGCAGGCAGCUGGCAAAAGAGGAGAGAGCCCCUGCGAGGCAGAGCCCCUGGAAUGCCCUGUCCUGGUCUGAGGUUCCCACUUUUAUCUCCGACUCCCGGAGAAUUGCUGGAGCAGAACCAGAGAGUGUCCAUUUUAUUUCCUGCCUUUUCCAAUAAACGGUGACUUUCAGCUGGAGUGUGUUCCUGGUGUUAUCCUCCUCCUCCUCCUCCCUGGAUUUGUAAAUAAAUGUCCUGAUUUUGGCCAAGUAGAAUUUUGUUGUUCCAGGCAUUGUGGCUCUUUUGUUUCAUUGAAACUUCCCAACUCUGCUGAGACUUUGAGAUGUCAAAUACAAGUAAGACUGGAGUUUCUUGGGAUUGUUACUCACACAAAAUAGGGAUCCUUCUUGGACAGGAGUAACUUGACGUGUUUAAUGCCGCUUCCCUUUAAAAUCAGAGCAGGGGAAGCAGAUUUGAAAUCAUCAUUCCAUGAACUUGCACCAAAUUCCUCCAAAGCUGCAAAAGUUUUCCUUGUUAGAAAUUCCUGAGCUUGUUUUCCAGGCAAGCUGGGAUUUAGAUGUUCUUUGUUCCUUGGAUUUGCUGGUUUUCCUCUCUCUCAUUUUAGUAAAGAAUUUUUUUUUUUUCAUAUUUUCCAUGCUGAUUGGAAUUUUUGUACUGCUCAGGGCACAUUGCCAAGGAAAUGUACCAAUUUCAUGUUGGUAAAUCAGGCAUUGUUCAGCACCAUAUGCCCACAAGUCUGUAAAUUUCCAGGGAAACUUGCUAAGUGUUGAAUUGCCAUAAUGAAUCUCUUUGUAAAGUUGAUUAUACUUUUUUCUUUAUUUUUAAUUACUUUGAAUUUUUUAUGUAGGGUUUUUUUUUUAAUAAGUGAUGUCUUUUUGUAUUUUUAAAUUUUUUCUUUUAAAAAAU